AUGAAGACGGGAGUGAUGACUAUAGAUGAUGACGAGGGAGACAAGGAUACGGAAGCUAUCGCUAAGGGUAAGGUUAUACCUUCGAAUGUGCCUAGCAUGACUCCAUUUGUUUCUAAAAAAGUGAAUAGCAAUAAAGAUGCUAUUAAGCAUGGCAUAACUAUGAAAAUAUGGAGGAAAAAGGUUGAUAAUGAGGUGAGAAGGGAUAAGGUGGUUGAGCAUGAAUUUAAGGGACACAUCUCAAUUGAGUCAUGUAGCUAG